AUGGCAAUGCUCCGUAGCCGCUUCCAAUGGCUAACGGUGCUCGCAAUCCUGAUCAGCCUAGGCUGCAUGGCACCACGCAGCUUCAGCUGCACCGGCGACUUUCACCGCAGCGUGGGCAGCUCCAACAGCUUCGGACUUGGCCGAAACUCCAAAGGGCACCCCAGGCCGUUGCAGGCGAGGGCGACGAGCCGGGACUUCGGGGGCGAGCGCUCCCAGGGUCUCGUGACGGCCUUGGUGGCGGCUUUCUCCACGGCCGCGAUGUCCUUGCUACAGGGCUUUUUGCAUCGGACUCUCUGGGUGCCGCCCUUCGGCGCUGUGGCUCUGAUCUUUGCCGCUGAGGCUGUCGAAGCGGCCAAACAGGGCACUCUGCUUCGCCGCAAACCCAUCACCGAUCGGAUGGUGAAAGCCUGUCUUGGUGUGGCUACAGCCUGUUGCUGCACUGUCGUCGCUGCUUAUGUGUUCGGUGACACCCCAACGAUGCUUCGCACCGCAGUCAUGUUCUGGGCUGCGUUUUCGAUGACAUUGAAUCCAGGAGCCGGCUACUUUCCACCAGCCGGGGCCCUCUGUGCUUUGUAUGUCGAGAGGGCAGUCUCGAAAGGGGCAUUGCCCGGCUUUGAGUAUGCUCUGUUUCCAUGUGCUACCGGUGUUGGCCUUCUGCUUUUGUUCACACGGCUCUUUGCAUUCCUUGUCUCACGCCCGGUCUGGGCGCUGCGGUCCAGGUUUGGCCAAGACCAGGAUGUUGUGUUGGCCAAAGCAUGA